ACGAUGUCAGGCACGCGCGUAAGUACGUCGUUCGACAUUCGCACAUUGACCGCGCUGGGUCAUUUCGGUUCUCGACGAAACAACUUUCCGCGCCCUGUAUACCACUUCUCCUCGCUACCAUCAUGAGUUUGUUCACUCUCAACGACGACAUCCUCCAUAUCAUCGCCGACAUGCUUUCCGCCCCGGAAUGCCUCCCUCUCUCGUCGGUGUCUCGACAUCUGCAUGCGAUCGCACGGCGGUAUGUGUUCGAGUCGAUCACUGUUUAUACCAUGGAAUAGCUAGUCAAGAUGCACGACCACCUCAUCCGCAACAUCGACAAUCGCCUGAUCUGGCCUCGGGGAUUGACUAUCUAUGGCCCGACUAGAGGAGCAGCCUGGGAGCCUCCAGACCUCAAUGCGCUGGUAGGCAUCUUCGAGCACGCGCGGGAGUUGAAGGUUCUGGAGGUCCACCGUUGUGAGGAGGCCAUCUGCUGCAAUACGCUGGUCGGAGAGUAUUUGGCUGCACUGCCGGAUCUCUCACACAUCCGCCUGUUCGAUAUCGAGGCAAAAACAUCCGAUGUCCUGCACAAAAUGAUCAGUUAUAGGCCGGAGACGGCAUGUCUAUCAUUGUCCAUAUCGAUCCUCGACCGUCAUCUACUACGCAUAGCUGAAGCCGCCGUGCUUGGCAGCGUCAAGCGGCUCAGACUCAGUAAUUUCCAGUUCGGUAGUACAGUAUCUGAGCGGCAGCUUAUCUCCAAACUCGCUGGGGCCUAUCCACAGCUAGAAGUCCUGGACCUCGACCUCAGUGCCGUAUAUCCCUGUCUCAUCCUGUUCCCCAACAUACGCAGGUUGACGAUCCUCAGUCCCCAAGUCGGCCCACAGGACCCUGGCCGUCACGUGGAGCAACGACACUUGGACUAUGUAUCGGUUCAGCCAAAGUACCUUCGUCUCAUCCCAGCCCUAGGCAUCCGCAGCGAUUACCUGCGUCUAACCAACGAGCGGCAAAACUUCUGUCCUGCGGAAGUAGAUCCCGAACAUGUUUCCGCCGCCGCCGUGCUGGAGUUGAGCUUGUACCAGGUUGAGCGCUGCACCGAGUUCUGCAUGGCAUUGGCACAGACGAUCUCAGCAAAGUCGUCAAGAAUAAGGUACCUUAUCUGGACGAUCACAACCGAAGACGCGCAUGCAGCAAUGACCCAAUGGAUGGAGAAUGUUUCCCCUUCGCUGUCGUCCUCGCAGCUCUGUUGCAUACGUGUUCAUGUGGUCCACCAAAAUAAUCGGGGACCAUCGCGCGAAACAUGGCUAGGCUUGCUGCAGCGACUGGAGCGCGUCCACAUUUCUUCAAUACCCUCGCUUCGGUUCUAUUUCCAGCAUGUCGAGGGCAUCGAUGAUCAGUCGAAACCAAGCGGCCCCUCGAAGACCACUUGGGGACGGGUCGAGGGCGAUGGCAGUGACCGCGCGGUGCAGCCGAUCCCCAGUUGGCAAGGCGAGAGGAUUCAUCGCUACCUGCAGUCUCCGGAGUUCUGUCGGACGCUUCAAUUCGACGAGGAAGCCGCUCUGCGACGCUCCGGCCGGUGAAUGCGAAGGAAAGCUACAUAGGUUGACAAACGAAUCCGGAAGAAGCCUGAGUGCGCGCAUCGUGAUACUAGAUAUCUCCACCGCUUGUAUUUAUGAAGGGCUUGUAUACAAAUCACGUACUGCACGACGAGCUCUGAUUCACCUCAAGGCAUACCAUUAAACGACGGUCACAAGGGAGUUGUGGACAUCUGCUCUGGGUGUUGCGAUGAGUAGGCUGUAGGAGGCUUAGACUUGACUGA